AGUACUGCGAACGCCACCAUGGUUCAGCCCAACUACUCCAAGACCUACACCGUCCCCCGCCGCCCCUUCGAGAAGGAGCGCAUCGACCAGGAGCUCAAGCUCUGCGGUGAGUUCGGUCUCAAGAACAAGCAUGAGGUCUGGCGCGUCAACUACACCCUGUCCAAGGUCCGCAAGGCUGCUCGUGAGCUCCUCACCCUGGACCCCUCCGACCCGCGCCGUCUGUUCGAGGGUAACGCCCUCAUCCGUCGCCUGAUCCGCCUCGGUGUCCUGCCUGAGGACAAGAACCGCCUGGAUUACGUCCUGGCCCUCACCCACCACGACUUCCUUGAGCGUCGCCUCCAGACUCAGGUCUUCAAGAAGGGUCUCGCCAAGUCCAUCCACCACGCUCGUGUCCUGAUCCUCCAGCGUCACAUCCGUGUCGGCAAGCAGGUCGUCACUGUUCCUUCCUUCAUGGUCCGCCUGGACUCCCAGAAGCACAUUGAGAUCUCCUUCACCUCCCCGUACAACGGUGGCCGCCCCGGCCGCGUUGCCCGCAAGCAGGCUCGCCGCGCUGCUGGCGGUGGCGAGGAGGAGGAUGACUACUAAAUGUCUUCGCCCCCCCUUUCCCCCCCCACACCCUCCGGUGUUGACAUGUGCAUGAAAAUUGCUCCCCUUUGACACGCGCAUGUCAUCUUUCUCCUCCCCUCGAGAUGAGAGGCCCUGUGUGCUUGCUUUGCAUAUGGCCGCCGCAACGCGCGAGAGGGGGCAACACACGUGGAUGGGAGGAUGCGUCACUGCGCCGCCCCCCCCCCCUGCGUGCUUCCCCUCGCGCGAUGUCCCCCUCUGCGCGCGCUUUGCCGUAGAUGGAUUUCCUGCCUGCCACACGCACUUGCUUUCUCUUUCCCCCCUCGGGGGUGGGACUGGAGCGGUCUCAGCUUCGUCGUUGUUUUGAUGGCAGGCAUCCUUGUUGUCUCAAUAAUAUACCAGUUGAUCCAGA